UAUCAGUUACCGAUUCUUUUAUUUUUUUUUAAAUUUAUUGAGUUAACACUUUAAAAGAAGUUUUAGUUGGUAGUAAUUUUUUUUAAAAGAAAACCAAAUUAUUUUCAUGAAAUCUGCAUUUAUCUCAAGUAUAUAAUUUUGAAAUUAGCACUAAAUUCUAUACUGAUAUGAAGUACAUAUGCACUUCAGUCGAGUGUCAAAAUUUGGCAUUGGUAUCAGAUAAAUAAUUUUUUUACAUGAUUAAAUGGUAAAAUAAUUAUUUCAAAAUAAAAUUGUUAAUUCUAAUUUUAAUAUAGCGUGAUUAUAAUAAAUAUAUAACUAAAAUAAUUGAAACAUGUGAUAAUGAAUAUUUUCUUACUUUUCCUCAAAAGAAAAUUAUUUAUUCAUUGGUUAUUAAAAAUAAGUAUAUUAUGUUUUUUAUUAAUUAUUGGCAUUGUUAUUUUUAACAUAUUCAAUCCUACAAUAAUACACAUAAGUUCAAAUGAUAUUCCAAAAUAUUUGUUAAAAACAAAUAUUGAUCAAAAUGAGUCCCUAAGUAAAAGAUUUUGUCCUAUAGCAAAAAUAACAAAACAUCAAAAACUGGAACGUAUUCAUGAAAAAGUAAGUGAAAUUCAAUUAAAUGAAAUAACAAAAAAUGUAUCAUUUGGUGGAGAAUGGUUUCCAAAAGAUUGUAUAUCACAACAUCAUACUGCUAUAAUAGUAUGCUAUCGAAACCGAACUGAACAGUUAAAAAUAUUUUUAUAUCAUAUACAUUCAUUUUUACAAAAACAAAAUUUGCAUUAUGAAAUAUUUGUAGUAGAACAAACAUUUGAUACAGAGUUCAAUCGUGGGAAAUUAUUUAAUGUUGGAUUUCAUGAAGUAAUAAAACAUUCAUCAGCUGGUUGUUUUAUCUUUCAUGAUGUUGAUUUAUUACCAGAAAAUAUUAAUAAUAUUUAUGGUUGUACAUCUUGUCCUCGUCAUAUGAGUUCUAGCAUUAACAUAUUCAAUUAUACUUUACCUUAUUAUACUAUAUUUGGUGGAGCAAUUGCUCUCACUCGCAAGCAAUAUAAAGAUAUAAAUGGAUUUUCUAAUGUAUUUUAUGGAUGGGGUGGUGAAGAUGAUGAUAUAUUUAACAGAGUAUAUUAUGAUGGUUAUAGAGUUUGUAGAUAUGAAUUAGACAUUUCAAGGUAUACAAUGCUCACACACAGUAAAGAGACUCCAAAUGAAAAUAGAAUGACCUAUCUACGAAAUGGACCUAAACGGUUUAAAACAGAUGGUGUGAAUUCAGUCACAUACAUUUUAAUAAAAUAUGAAAAAUUACCAUUAUAUACGAAGAUAUUAGUUAGUAUAUAGUCAAAGUAGGAAAUAUAUUCUAACAUUUAAAAUUUAUUUUACUAAAUAGAUAAUGUUAUUAAUAAUCAAUUUUGUAGUAAAUAAUUCUAAAAGACUUACAUUUAAAUUUUGUAAAAAAA